UGUGGAUGUAAUUGGCCCUAUGUUCGGUACUUUCUAGACAUAUUGUAGUCUAUGGUUUUAAACAAACGAUCAUACUUCCUGUCCUCUAUGCAUUCUCUUGACUUGACUUCCUCGAAUGUCGGGUAUUUCGAAGAACGCUGACCAAGGUUUUAUUUUAUUGCUCACAUGUUGAAAUUUGAAACCGGAUUCCGGCGGUCGGAUUAGUGAAUGCUGAAUAAGUUAACUCAUUUGUCGAGAACCCCUUGCUUCAUAAUGUCGUACUACUCGAAUAAAAACUAUUAUGGAAAUAGUUCAAGGAAUAACAAUCGCGGAUUUGAAAGAGACCAUGAUGGUUACGCACAAGUUUAUACGGAUGGCGCAUGCUCAUCCAACGGCCAGGAAGGAGCUCGAGCUGGUUAUGGAGUCUACUGGGGCGAAAACAACCGUUUCAACAGGAGCCAGCCAGUUUCCGGCAGGGCCACGAACAACACCGCAGAAAUACAAGCGGCUACGGAAGCCAUGAGGACCGCACGCGAAAACGGAUUAACCAAACUGGCCAUUAACACUGACUCGAAGUUUCUCAUGGAUUCGGCUACUAAAUGGAUACCUGGUUGGCAAGAUAACGGCUGGAGGACUGCAUCUGGAGAGCCUGUAAAGAAUCAAGCCGACUUCAAAGAGAUGGUGCGGGCACAGGAAAAUCUUGAUGUUAAAUGGAACUAUGUCAAGGCUCAUGAUGGAAGUCAUGGCAAUGAGAUGGCCGACAGGCUUGCUAAGGAGGGUGCCGCUAGGUAUAAGUAACUAAUGUUACAUACUAUCUUUGCUUUUAUCUCUGUAUAGAGAUUAAUUAUUACAUAUAGAAUGUUGAUUUAACUGAAGGUUUAUUCUCAUCGAGAGAUUAAUUGUUUACAUUAAGUGUUGAUUUAAGUGUACUUCUCUAAAAAACUGUGGUCCUUAUACCACCAAUAUUCAUUAUAUCUAUUUUUUUCUUUUUUUAAAUCUAUGUUGCCAAUGAGCCUGUGUCUUUUUUACAUACUUUUAUAUGCCCAGUCUUUCUGUCUGCCCUGCCCAAUUGAUUUGUCUUAAUUAUUCAAUUAAUCACCGAGCUUAACAAUUACCUUGUAGUUGCUGCUUUCCAUUAGGGUUAAUUCACAAUUAGGCGGGUCUAUGCAGCCAUGUUCUAAGGAAAUAGCUGUGACUGAAUGUGGAGAGUUGCCUUGUUUAAGGCAAACAGACAUGUAGGCACAAUGCCUCGGGCGUUGCAUGUCUAGGCAACUACUCGGAUCAGUGUUGGCUGAAUGUUAAUUCGUGUUGUAACACAUGGUUACAGUUUACGGUUCAAUUUGUAAUGGUUAAUGGUCAAUUAACGGUCGGCCAACACUGACUCGGACCAAGGCAUGCAGAUAGCUUGAUCUGCGUGAACCUGACUUUUAUGUGACUGUUUCCACCUGAUAUGAGCAAGGAAGCAUAGUGGGGAAUUGUUUGUUAAGAACCAAUAGUCACUUAAUUUGCCUAUAUUUGCUUAACACAGCUCUAGUGGACAAUAUUCUUUUGGUACUUAACAUAUCAUCACAUGUCUCUGGUGGAAGCUAUAUUGCCCCUUUUAGACAUGUGGUUGGACUAGUAGUAUGUACAGGCUCUUAGUUCACAUAUAGUUUGUGUCAUCCACGAUCAUGCACAGAUGUGUCAAAUCUAACCUUCAAUAACAUGACAUUACGAGUCAAGGCAAGGUGUCUUCGUGAAUGACACAAUAGGGACCAAUGUUUAAGGGCAGGCAGUAAGAGGUGUUUUGAUUAGAUUAAUCAAUAAAUAGUUAAGUUUUGAUUACUCUUCUAUGUGAUUGUUAUUAUGAUUAAAAAUGUUUAAAAGUGGGUAAUUGUAAAAUUCAGUGUAAUGUAUUACAUGUUUUUUGUAUGUACAGUCAGCGUCAAAUACUUUGUAGCAACCUAAGUAGCCAAAUAGUUCGGUACACCAUAUAUUUACUAUGGUGUACCAAACUAUUUGGCCACUUUGACUGCUACAAAGUAUUUGACGCUGACUGUACCACUGAUGUCACCUUACCCCACUAUUUUUAUAGUAAAUAAAACACGUUAUAAAAC